AUGUUUAGUAAUUUUGUGAGUUCAAUAAAAAAUCGCUUAGCUACGAAAAUAGGCGAUGAAUCAUUUAAAUCUCGAAUUCAUUCAACAGAUAUUCAGGAAAGUCAGAAUAUUUUCUUAAAGUUGUUGAAUGCGGGAUAUUCGAUUGUUAAUCAAAAUCAAGAUGAUUCGUUUUGCAAUGAAAAUUUAUUCAUGUUGCCUCGAGUGUGUUCGAAAGGAUCUGAAAAUAUUACGGGUUUAUGGUCACCCAUUUCACUUAGACCUCCCGAAAAAUCUCUCGAUGAACUUGACAAUGUCGUUGAAAAAUUCAUAAGAUGCAUAAACAUGGAAAAUCAUCGUGACAGUCCAAACAGAAAAAAUGAUCGGGAAGCGAUUCGUCGUCGAUUGGCAAUGGGAGAAGAAGAUGAUUACUUCACCGAUUUAGCAGCUUCACGCCCCAUUCGAAAGCCCAACUUACAAUCGAGAUUACAGAAUGGCAGAAAUCUUCAGAUUUGUUUUAUGAACGAAGCAGCAUCAGACAGUGAAAGUUCUGACAGUGAGACGUGCCCAAAGCUUUCGCAAGGAAUGAAUCGAAAGAAGAACCUUCAGAGACCGAGCAGUUUAAUGUAUCAUCGAAAUGCAAGCUUGAAUAACAAUCCUUACAAUUCACGUCCGCUUUCAGUGGUGAGAUCGGUGCUAGAUGGAAACGAAAAAGUUGAAAGACCAUCGACACUUCAUUUGAUUCAAGCAUCUGAUCCAAGCGAUAAUAAUUUCUUCACGCAACAAGCUCGUCUGCAAAUUGAGGCUCGAAUGGCCUUGGCCCAAGCUAAAGACAUGGCGCAUAUGCAGAUGGAGAUUGAAAAACAGAAGCAAGGCAUGUGUCCAAUCACAGAUUUAGUUCAUCGAACUCUUGGAAAAGUUGGAUUGAAAGCUUCACCAUCAAAACGUCGUCUAUCUCGACAAAUGUUAACCACGAUGAACAUCGCUCAACUACAAAUUAUCAUCAAUGAGUUUCAUACAUUCAUUGAAACAUUAAAUGAGAUGCUUGUGAAAUAUUUGAUGGAUCGUGAUGAUUUAAGCAUGAGACAAGAUUCAAUGUUGAUUGAUAUUGAAGACAUUACAAGAUAUUUAGCGGAAAAGGAAGAAGCAAAACUGAAUUAUGGUAGUUCUAAAACAAAGCCACAGCCACAGAAACAUUACAUUGAGGUGAAACCAAUUCAGGCUAAGCGCAUCACAAGUGUAACAUUGCCACGACAACAAACACCUUCAAUCACAUCAUAUAACCAGAAUAAGAAAUUUUUAGUAGUAAAUGGUAAUGGACACACCGUAAAAACUUCCAUUUCGCGUGAGAAAAUCGAACAAAAUGGAUUACAUCUUUAAAGAUACGUGGCGAAGUAAAGUUCAACUAAAGUAAAGCGACCAUGAUUCAAAGUAGAACAAUAUAGGAUUAAGAACGUCUAAAUCGUAAUAAAUUUAUUUCAUCACAUGCACGCGCCUAUUUUCCCCCCUCCAUUGGAAAGAAACAGAAACUAAAUUAUGCGAAAAUUAUACGUAAAAAGAAAAAAGAAACGAAAACGAUAAAGAAAAAGGAGGAAAUAAAAAUCCUUAUCAUCACAUAUAAAUUAUAAGAACAUUCAACAAACAUUUCGGCGACCAUUAAAAAAGGCAACCGGUGAUUGUUUUUCGUGUUAUGGAAUUCAUCGUCAAAUUACUUUUCUCCUCCUUCACUCAACCCCCCAACCAAUGAACUUUAAUAAUAUAUUUACGGUCAGUUGAUAAUCUGAUUGGAAACAGCAAAGUUGAAAUAGUUGAAUGAUUGAUAAAAAUAGCAAAGACGCAUGAAAUGAAAUAGCAAAAAAAUAUUUUUCUAAAUUUUCAUCUUGUCAGAACUUCUUCUUAUUCAUUUUCUUCUUUGGAAAAGUUUUAUUUUGCUGAGUUUUCAAUUACUUCCUCUUCAUUUAACAACGACAGUUUGAAAGAAAAUUGAAACAAUGAAGAGACUGGCUUAAUGCAAAAUCUAGACCAAGUUACGAAUGAUAUUUUCAUCAAACGAAAUUAUUUUGAUUGAACUUCAGUUUCCUAUUUUUAUUUUUAUGGCAUUCAAUUAAUUUUUUUUCUUGUUCAUCUCGUUUGAAUGCAUGAAACUGAAAAUAAUUUUCCGAAAAAAACUCACAGUUCCAAUGAUUUCAAAUGAGAACAAGAGAUUUUCCGGAUUUUCCUAAAAAAAAUUUUUAUUUUGUUAAAGGGAGAAGGAUUUUCAUUAUUUCCAGCAAUUUGAAAUAAAUCCAAUUCAAGGCUUUUUGCGUCAUGAUACUUGCAAACUUUUGUUGUAAAUUAAAUUGAAUGAAAAUUUCUUUAAAGCACAAGCCACCACCAGUUUUAAAAUCUUUGCAAUUCAGAUUUAUUUAAAAUCUUUCUGUAAUUUAUUGAGGUUCAUUCUCAAAUGAUUUCAUUUUAAGCUGACUCGAGUAUCUGUCAGAAUAAGCCGCAUAGAAGCUCAUUUUCAAAAAAUUUAUCCGCUUUAAAAUGUGAAUGAAAUUUAGCUAAUAAGAUUUUGUCUCAAAUAAUAAAUUAAAGUUUUCAACAACCGAAAGUCCAAGUCAUGAUCUCUUGACCCGGAAAACUCAUUAUCGUGACAUUCCCAUAUGUUGGUAAAAUCUUUUUCGUUCUAUUUAGUUUUGAAAGAAUUCAUCGAGAGAGAAAAAAAGGUUGCAGUUGUUUGUUGUUUUUGACAUUCCAUUUUGAUAAAUCAACGUAAUCGAAUCAAAAAGUUGAUACUCGUAAAAUGGACAAGGAAUUUCGUGGCAACACACAUGCACACAGUUGGAGAGGGGAAAAAGUUUUUGACAUUUUUAUUGGAAUUGAAGAAGUUUAUGUCUCGUCCCACACUCGCAUUUAUGAGACUUUAUUGUGAUGUCCCAUUGGUUCAGUUUGUGCAUGUCUGAAGUUUUGUCAAUGAUAAAUUUCAGCCUCGUUGUAGUGCUGAAUCAAAAUGGAUUGAAAAGAAAGGUCGUGAAAGCGACACUUAUUGUUCUGUUUGAAUGGAGACAAAUUCAGAGUUUAACAGACAAUUUCGCAGCCUAUGUUGCGUCUAUGAUUUUAGGAAUACCUUUUUAUCAAAUUUUAUCCAUAUCAUGUCUUUUCUAUGCUGAAUAAAGCAAGAAAAAAAAGAGUAGAAAAUCAGAUUUAGAUAAGAAAUGAAAUACGAAAAUUACUUCCUGCCCGAACAGAAAGAAUUGUAAGCAUCUCGUUAGGGGAGGGAAUUAUUUAUUCAAUCCCAUUCAAAAGAAACUGAAAAGUGUAUAGAAAGGAAAGAAAAAAAGCUAUCAGACUAACUUUUUUUUCUUUUUUAUGCUGCUGAAAAGGCUUAGCGGAAGUUUUUUUUAAAGGAUAACGAAACUAGAAAGUGAAAGAAUCUAUUUUCGGAUGAUGUUGUAGAAUUUAGAUACUGAAAUGGAAAAACGCAAAAAAGAAACUCAAUUGAUACUUAAGAGUUCAAUGAAGCUUUUUUAUUUAUUUUCGCUACACUAAAAAGGAGGGUUAAAGAAAGACAUUUCAUGUAAAGUUUAAUAAAAUGAAGAGCUUUUUAUCAACUUAGAAUUAUUACAAAUUUUUACUUUUAUUAUUCUGUCAUUGUGCCAUUAUUCAGUUGAACAUUGUUUUGCUUGCAAAUUUUUUAUGUGAAAUGACUUUUUUAAGGAAAUCAAAUGAAGAUAUUUAAAAACAACAAGCUGUUGACAGACUAAAAAGAAAUUUAUAAAAAAGAAAGAUUUUCUUUUCCUUUGCGCUUUGAAUAAAAUAAAAUAUCAAUGAUCAGAAAAGCUCACUGAUAAUAUUUUGAAAAGUUGAAAUCGUUAUGGAAAUAUCUUUUAAACAAAUCUUGAUUAUAAGGACGUUUAAAUAAUAAAAUUGUCGCACGUCUGUAUCAUAGAUUACACGUUUCAAAUAAAGAAAACUCCUUAUAUCCAUU